AUGGACCGCCGUAUGAGCGAAGACACAAUUCAAAUUGUUCCAACGCACAAUAGCCUCAAGGGACGACCUAGCUAUCCUCUGGGCCAGGAUGAAGCGACUGCGACGCCUCUGACGGCGGCAGAGCAACUAGUCGCGAACAAGCUCAGGCGCAAGAUUGAUAUCAGGAUUCUACCCGUGGUGUUCAUUGUUUAUAUUAUGAACUUUGUUGAUCGUACGAACUAUGCGUCUGCGAGGCUCCAGGGUCUCGAAGAGGAUCUGUCCUUGUCGGAGACCGAAUAUCAGGCUGGACUUUCGGCUUUUUUUGUUGGAUACAUGAUUGGGCAAGUUCCUUCAAACAUGACACUUGCCUGGUUUGGACGGCCGUCUGUGCAUAUGGCGAUAGUAACUUGUGCCUGGGGUACCGUUUCAGCACUCACGGCCCUAGUUCAUGGAUUCUCGGGUCUCUUAGUUUGUCGGCUUGUCCUUGGUUUCGUUGAGGCGCCGUUCUUCCCCGGUGUCAUAUUCGCAUUGUCCAAAUGGUAUACUCGAGAUGAGUUGGCAUUUAGGAUGGCCAUUUUCUUUUCAGGGAAUCUAUUUGCUGGAGCCUUUGGCCACCUCUUGGCUGCUGGUAUUCUUGGUGGGAUUGGCCACGCCCUCGGGCUAACACCCUGGCAAUGGCUUUAUAUUAUCGAGGGCGCAAUUACAGUAACUCUUGGUGUGGCAGUAUAUUUUGUUCUUCCUGAUUUCCCCGAGACAUGGAAAUCAUUGUCCCAGGAGGAGUAUGAGGUUGCUACACGUCGUCUGGCUGCUGAGGCCACCGAAGCCGACGUUGACGAGGCGGGCUUCGGGGCCCAGGUAAAGGGCCUCAAACUGGCCCUCACCGACGUGAAGACCUACCUUUUCGCAGUUGCGCAGACGUCGGUUCUUGCGUGUGGCGGAUUGCUGAAUUAUUUCCCUUCAAUCACUGCCACGCUCGGGUAUAGCCAUUUCACCACGCUUCUCCUUUGCGCCCCUCCACACAUAUUCGCCAUUGUCUGGAUCUUAAUACACGCGUGGCUGUCUGACAAGCUGCGGACGCGGUUUUGGUUCUUCAUCUACCCAGCACCAUUGAUCAUCAUAGGUUUCGUUCUUCUCUUAACGACGAACGGCAUUGGAACUAGGUAUUUCAGCCUGUUCCUCGUACAAGGCACAAACCUCAUGGGGUCAACAACCUUUGCGUGGGUAGCAUCGUCUAUUCCACGGCCUCCAGCAAAAAGGGCAGCCGCCAUAGCAAUUGUGAACAGCUGUGCUAGUUUAGCGAGCGUUUGGACCCCAUUCAUAUACUUCGGACCAAAAUACGAACUUGCGAUGGCGGUCAACAUUGGAUUGGCUGUCCUAGCAAGUAUUUUGGCCGUUGCCCUUCGGUUUGUCCUUGUCAAGAGCAACAAAGAGUUAGCUAGGAUCGAAGAUACGAAGAUCUCACUUUCAGAAAAGGAGCUUGCCCAGGUUCAGAAGAUCGCCGACGUUGAGGGCGUCAGCAUUGAUACUGCUAGAAAGAUGCACAAGGGUUUCCGGUAUAUCGUCUAG